UGAAUUUCAAACUCAAAAUGAAGGCUGUUGCAGGAAUUGCUUUAAUCGCUUUAAUUCUUCUUUUGUCGCAUCAAACUAAUGGGGCACCUAACCAGCAAGCAAAGGUCGAUGUAUCUGACACAGAUAUAAAAGCGCUUCAAAGGUCAAAUGUAUACGCUAUUUACACUGCGGGCUUAUUGAGACCAACAGAAGGAUUUAGAAAACUGGGCGGAGUGUUUAUUUCAGAAAAACUACAAGGAAAAGUCGUCAAAUUUGGAUUCGGUGGCAACAAUUUGGUGCCAGAUAAAAAAAAUAAAAACGUCUAUAAUUUGAAUGACUUAAAUAUGUUUGAGCAGAUCAUAAAUGAUUUUGGUGUCAAAUUCAACACACUUGAAGUUAACAUGGACAAUGCCGGAACUAUUGAAGAAGCUUUUAAAAUCGAACAAUAUUUCAAUCAGUUUAAACCCAAUAAUAUCCAAGAAAUUGUUUACCGUUACAAAUAUAUGACAAAGAAGUUCUAAUGGAAUAUAACAACUUUUCAAUAGAUAUCUUAUUUUGAAAAAAUAUCAAUAAACAAAUACCAAAACAUGUUCAAAGAA